CUCCGUGCCAACCUUCCGUGCGUGCACUGUGUUGUGAAGUGAGCAAUGAAGGCGAUUCUGGUGACCAUCCUCCUUGUCGGGAUCGUGAGGAGUGAGAAGAAUGAGGCAGAGCCAACAGAAGAAUCCCUGAAACGCGGGCUGAGCCACAAAUGCGGUGCGCGGGAGCCUUCGUCCUGUAUCGCUAUAGAGCUGGUAGGCUACGUCGACCGCAUGCUGCGGACGGCCUCCAUCCAGCUCAGUGAUGACGUCAUGAUUGUUGACGAGAGCAACGGAGCGGCAGCUGACGCGCCAGUGAAGUCGGAGACCCUGGCCCGCGCCGGCACCUCCCUGGAGGACCAGGCGCAGCAGCUCAUCAUGGACAAGCUGUGGAAAUUCGCUACCACGAGGUCCCUCCGGUACAGGCUGCUGGAGAACGCGGACCUUGUCGUGUCCGGGGCUCAGGAGAAAGACGGCAGCUUAGGAGUCGGCGUAGCCCUCAAGUCCCCUAAGGUCUUCGAGAGCGGCCGCAGCCGCAACAAGAAUAUGGGCCCGUUUCUCGCCGCGGCGGCCAUGAAGUUCGGUCUGCUCGGCGCCCUGACCUUCAAGGGUCUGACCCUGAUGGUCGGGAAGGCCCUCCUCAUCUCGAAGAUCGCGCUGCUGCUGGCUACCAUCAUUGGGCUUAAGAAACUGUUCUCUCCUCAGGCUAUCAUCAAAAAGGACUAAGUCACGGUGGUGCAUUAGACCUGACGGAGGCGGUGAACGGAGCUUACCUCAUCCUUGUCAAAAUACCAAAAAUAAGGGAAUACACAUCGAACAGUAACAGCCUGUAUAUAUAUAGAAA